GACAUCGCAAAAGCGAAGUACAAUAUUUUUCAUCAAAAUGGCGGAACGUCAGCUCGACGUUCUUGAAGAACGUAUUGAACAGCUGGAGAAUCUUGUGUUUGGAUCCGCUAACAAAGACUCCAUGUACCCAAAGGAUGAAAUUCCCCAGCAGCAGUGUAUUGAUAGUCUGGCUGCAGUCCAGAGCAAGAUUCAUAGUUCUGUCACUGGGAAGAAACGAGUGGCGAAGGCUUAUGACAAAAUCCCUUACCUAGAGAAAUACCUGGACUCUUCCUACACAGACCAGUUGACAUUACCUGAAGCUUCCAAAAUAGAGAUUAUCCUGGCAGAAGAAAAUUUCAUCAGGGAUCAAGCGAAGAAGUUGGAGGAAAUAGAAAAUCUCUCAAAGUUCAUUUCCAGCGAGCAUCUCAAAUCUGUGCCAGCUCAGACUGAGAAGCUACAGCAACUGUUCCAGAUACAAAUAAAACAACAGGACCAGACAGCAUUGAUCAGUGAAGAGACAGAAAAACUCCUGUCAGAUUACAACAAAAUAAUUACGUUAAUUUGGAAACAGUUUCUGCAAUGGAAUGAAACCUUGUGUAAAGUGGAAAUGAGCCAGUCUAAAAAGUGAUCAUCUGUGUCAAAUAUUUAUUCGACUGUGUACCCUAUUUAUUACUCUAUUAAUUUCAUUUCACAGCUAUUUAGCGCUUAUCAUUAUCUUCACGGAGGGGAUAGCAAAGUUAUGCCUGUAAGUAACUAAUCACGAGACCCCAUUCUUUCUCUGUCUGACUCUGCUCUGGUGCUCCUGCACGUGUCGUCUAUCUCUUGGAUAUUUCUCAUAUUCUAAGUCACUCUAGCAGUGAAGAGAGCUGGUUAUGUAAUACGCACUGUUAUUUGUGGAGUUGACAAAGUGCGCACUUACUUCAUUAUUAUGGCAUACGCAAUUAAUCACCAUAAUUACCAUUUGUGAGGUAAAUUACUUGAUGUGGCAUUGCACAAAUACACUGUACAAAAGGAAAUUUCACUGUCCAUGAUUUUGGGAAUUUCCCCAUGCAUGAUUGUGGGAAUACACCAGAAGUUGUCUGGUGUCUCUUCAUUUUUUUCUGCAAAUGAUGCUUAGCUGAAUAUUCCACCAAACACAUUCUUGAAUGGC